AUGGGUAAUUUAUCUAAUAGUUUACCUAAUUUACCUUAUAUUGUACAAUCAUAUAAAAAGGCAACUUAUGAAAAUAAAGCUUUAGAAGGUGUUGUUAAAGUGGUGGAGAUGGAAAGGUAUUUCAUACGUGACGGCAAUUCUGCAAUGUUUUUCCUUGUUUUGUUGACCAGCGCAUUACUGUUGCCAGGCGAUGUGCAUGCUGAAUGUCCCCAUACACGCUCUGGUUUGUUGCGGUGGUCAGACAGUGCCACCUGGGGGUCAAAUGGAAAGCCAGCAGAGGGUGAAAAUGUAAACAUAUCGCAGAAUAUAUUGAUCGACGAAUCGCCGCCAUCUUUGAAAAACAUCACAAUACAGGCAAACUACAGUUUGAUUUUUGAUCCGGAAGUAGAAAUUGAGGUGCGCGCAAUGAAUAUUUUUGUGUAUGGAAACAUGGAGAUAGGGAGUGAGGACUGUCCGUACAAUAAAUCACUUACCAUUACACUGACUGGAAACCGGGGAGAACACAACCACGCUAGCAACCCUAAGGUGAUUCUCGUAAAAAAUGGAGGCACACUGGAAAUACACGGUGAACCUCGCUUGUCAUGGACUGUAUUAAACGAAACCCUACAAGCAACCAAAAACACAGAUGAUGUUUACUUUGAACAUCAGACAAAUCCCACAUAUAACAGCAACAUAUAUCCCCGAAUUAUUACAUACACGGUAUCAGUCGAUGGAACAGCCGUAAACGUAAAGAGAUUUGGGGUCUAUAACCUUAGAACAGAUGGUCAGGAACUUGUAUAUCAUAUAAACAACGUAACUGACGGUGAUGUUCUAAUGAUGGCGUCACAACGAAAGGUACUACAAAAAGCCAACCCAGAUCUUACCGCUUACGACGCACUUGAAACUUUGGUGACCGGUGGUGUCACAAAUAGCGGCAUCUUUCGAUCCGUAAAUUCAGAAGGAGAAACAUGGGCAUUCGUAUAUAAGAAAGGUACACCAAGCAGCCAUGACGAAGAGAAAAAUCCUCUAGGUACUACAUCCACCGCACAGUACAAAGAGAGUGACGAUCUAAUAUACACCGUGGAGUCUAUCGGCGAUCUAAACGUGAAUAAACAAUCUGUCAACUUCCGGAUUACCAACUUGAACGCUCUUAACCCAUUGGUCAGUUUUCUUGAUGAUGUCACAACAUGGCAUCCAGGUGACGAAAUAGUGAUCUCCUCAACGGAUUUUUCAUCGUCACAAGCAGAGAAACGGAAGAUUGUCUUCUGCCCAACUUGCAACAACUUUCAGCGCAGAAUCGACAAGCCUGUAGAGUACAUGCAUUAUGGGAAAGUGUUACAUGACGCGGUUGACAUGCGAGCGGAAGUUAUGCUGUUGACGCGAAGAGUUGUGAUAAGAGGCGAAAUGGAAUCAACUUGUCAUCCUUCAAACGAAAAUUGCGGUAAAGCAGAAGUUCUUGGACAAGACACGUUCGGAGCGCACGUAAAGGUAUUGUACGGGUACAGAGCCGUCCACAUAGAAAACGUAGAAAUUUACAAUGCCGGACAGCAAACGGACUUAGGGCGAUAUCCAUUUCAUUUCCACAUGUGUUUUGGUGCCAACCAGAACCAACCCUAUAUCAAAGGCUGCAGUAUACAUGAUACGUUUGCUAGAUGUGUGACAAUACAUGGAUCCAAUGACGUCUUGGUUUCCGACAAUGCCUGCUACAAUCAUAUGGGACAUGGCUAUUACUUAGAAGAUGGUGCCGAGUUUGACAACGUCUUUGAUGGAAAUUUAGCAAUAAAUGCUCGAAAGGGAACCGGAAAACUUGAACCGAGCGAUGCAGACCGUCCAUCUGGAUUUUGGAUUACAAAUCCUAGAAACACUGUAAUAAACAACCAUGCAGCCGGUGGAGAAGGGACCGGUAUCUGGGUGAUAUUCCCGAAAGAACCGUUGCCUCCAUCUCGACAGUUCAACUUGAUGGAAGAGUUCGAAGUGAGAAGAACUCCAUUAAAAGAGUUCACAAAUAAUGUAGCACAUUCGAACGACUUUUUUGGAAUCCAUAUAGGUGCGAGGAUAGAGGAUAAUCGGGAUACUCAUUGUUGUAAUAUAUGGCAGCCCCUUGCCGAUCCUAAAAAUGCAUCCUCGGCUCCAAUCGAUGUAAUAUUUCAAAAUAUAACAGGUUUCAAGAACGAAAAGUUCAACAUAUGGAUAGAGGGAAGUUUACUUCAGGUUUCAAGAAUAUCGGUUGCUGACAGCACAAACGGCAUCAUGGUUUCUAAUGAAAAACUACUCGAGCAUGCUGGGACUCUGAGCUAUUCUGUUAUCAUUGGCGACAGCGACAAUAUCGGCGAACCUUCGUCUGGGUCUACCAGAAGCUUGGUUCAAACGAAUGCCCCUCAUUCUGGUAUUGCAAUGUGGAGGGGUGUGAACAACUAUCACCAUAUCUGGUUUGACGGUUUUAAGCCAAAUAACCUUUACGACAAUGCCGCUAUAAUGAAAAAGAGAGGCGAACGGUAUUUUUUCUCAGUAACAAACGCAUUUAGAGAUGUAUUGUUUGCACAUGAUGACGCGGAUAGUGUUGGAAAUUAUUUCAUGUCUGGUAACAAAACUAACCCGGGCUGGGAAAACAACAGAGAUGGGGAACUUAUGAUGGGAUUAACAUGGAACAAGAAUUCCACAGAUAAGUGGUUCAUCGUGAAGCCGGAUCCUUUCUCUGCAGCAGCCCCUGAUUGCAAACUUAGACCAAAUUGGAGGUUGGCUAUGUCCAAAACAAAAUAUGGAAAUUGGAGACUUCACCAUUCAGGAAUCGAUGCGUUUUACUCACAUGGGUCUCUUGGCGUGUUUGUCCGUGAUAAAUUCCCGGGUGCACAACUCACGUUUGACCUUGAGAAGAGUGCCGGGCCUCAAGUUGUCCUUAACGGGACUGAAACAUACACUUUUCAUACAACUGGACAAAUACCAGAUUGGUUGAAAUUUACUGCGGAUGGCAUUGAAACUAAUGAGGUGCUGCGAGUCGGUAUCUGCAUUCCACCGGGUGCAACCUGGGAGUUAAGCAGCAAAUUCCCGGAUAAUUUGAACGCAAUGAGCAAAUUCAUCCAAGUUAACUCUCUGACGGAACUUGACCUAUUUGAGCCGGACAAGGACGGAAAGAAGUAUUUCUAUAACAGUACAACUGGAAUGGUGUAUUACAAGUUUCGUGGUGUGCAUGACCGUGCACCAGACGACAAACACGAAUGUGGCGGGGAAGGUUGUCCGGAAAUUACAGUUAAAUUCUCCGGAAAUCUCACCGGAAGUGGUGAUUGUAGACAGCGUUUGUAUGGCUCAGAUUUAACGAAGUUACCGUCAGCCCUCCCAACAUACACUGACACUAUUACAGCCAACGGAGAUUCGCUGCCGCCACCUGGGUAUGGCCAUGGAAGUUCGAGGCCCUUUUCUAGCCGCAAGCCUGUGAAUGGCCGGUUCAGUGAUUGGUCCGCUUGGUCCGAGUGCUCACAAACAUGCGGUGGGGGUACACAACACAAGACCCGAGAAUGCAAUAGCCCCAUUCCAUCACAUGGAGGGAGAGUGUGUAUAAAUCCGUGGAUAAAGACAAGAAGUUGCUCUACAGGAUCAUGUGACUAACGGGGAGUGAAGCAGUAAGAAAAGUUCCAUCUAGAAAAGUUCAAUCUUUUUUAAUCUUGACUUUUGUUUAUGAAACAGCUUAUUUACUUAUCAUGUAUAAAUAUAUAUAUUUAAAGCAUU